CCACUGAACAAAAUAAAUAUUGUUGAAGAUUUGCUCUAUAUAGUCAACCCCAAACGUUAUUUUGAUGCACUAAUAAUUUCUUAAAAUUCGUUAAGAUGCAGAAUUAGAAGGUCUCGAUCUACGAACUGGCACAUUUACCUUCAAACAGAUAAAAGCUGCAACAAACAACUUUGAUCCAGAAAAUAAGCUUGGGGAAGGUGGUUUCGGCUCUGUGUACAAGGGUAUGCUAUUGGAUGGUACAGUUAUUGCUGUGAAACAGCUUUCUUCCAAAUCAAGACAAGGAAACCGUGAAUUUUUAAAUGAAAUAGGCAUGAUUUCUUGUUUGCAACACCCUAAUCUUGUUAAACUCUAUGGGUGUUGUGUUGAGGGAAAGCAGCUGCUGUUGGUGUACGAGUACUUAGAAAACAACAGCCUUGCCCAUGCUCUCUUUGGUAAAUUUAAACCUUUAUUUAUUUUAACUGCUACUAAUAAUAAUCCAAUCAAACCAACAAAACUAUUCAACUCCCCUACCCAAUGUAAGAUAUAGGCCUUGUUUGGGAAUAGCGUUUUCAAUUAGCGUUAGCAUUUUGGAUUAUUUCUUAAUGAUGCAGAUUAACUUUAAAAAUGCUAAAGCUAAAGGAAGCCAUUAGAUAACCUUUUCAAAAUGCUAAAGCUAAAUGUUGAAGCUCUUAGCUUACCACUGCUCAGAAGUUGUAAGAUAGAAUACUAGAAAAGUGAAAAAUUCAGAUGUGAAUAUGGAGUAGUUUAUUUUAGAUAAGUGUCAAGAUAAACAUUGGUAUUAUGAGGUAAAAGCUAAUUACAGGUCCAGAAGGGGAGCAAUUGAAAAUAGACUGGCCUACCAGACAGAGAAUCUGUGUUGGUAUUGCAAAAGGUUUAUCUUUCUUACACGAAGAAUCAACAUUGAAAAUCGUUCAUCGAGAUAUCAAAGCCUCAAAUGUUCUUCUAGACAAAGACCUCAAACCCAAAAUUUCUGAUUUUGGUCUUGCUAAACUUGACGAUGAUGGAGAUACCCACAUCAGCACCAGAGUUGCAGGGACUAUAGGAUACAUGGCUCCUGAAUAUGCAAUGUGGGGUCACUUGACAUACAAAGCCGAUGUCUAUAGUUUUGGUGUGGUUGCACUGGAAAUCGUUGCCGGGAAAAACAACAUGAAGUAUCGUCCCGAUGAAAACUAUGUUUGCCUCCUUGAUUGGGCACACGUUGUUCGUAGAAAAGGAAACCUUAUGGAUAUAGUAGAUUCAAGUUUGGGUUCCAAUUUCAACAAAGAAGAAGCAAUUAGAAUGAUCAAAGUAGCCCUGUUAUGUACCAAUUCUUCUCCGGUCCUGAGGCCAUCCAUGUCAGCAGUAGUGAGCAUGCUUGAAGGUCGCGCCGAUAUUCGCGAGCACAGCUCUGACCUGUUGUCUAUGGAUGCGAAUGAAUUCGGCUUUCGAGCUUUUCGACAAACGCACGAUGAAAUGCCAAGUGAUUCUUCGAACGGAGUAGAUUUUUCUUCAAAUGCAAACUAGUAAUGAAGUGUCAUCCAAACAAAGUUGUGCUUCUGAAAGACCAAGCUCCCAAGCCAAUGUGUAUUUUCCACAUUUCACUAGUGUAAGAUUUUGACAAUUUUUUGAAAAAUACAAUCUAUGGUAUUUGGUAGGUACAUGCCUUUGCUUUGUUGCUUAUUGCUUUUGGGCAGACUUGAAAAAUUCUCCCUUAAACUUCAUGAGCCCAAAUUUUCAAUUGUAUGUAAUUUAAAUAAUCGCCGACAAUUCCAAAUUAAGAUAUUGUCUAAUA